AUGGACGUACUGUUCUGGAAUUGUCGAGGGAUUUGUAAUCCUUCUACAUGGCGUGCUUUGAAGAUUCUGAUUUCACAGCACCAACCAAAACUGGUUUUCCUAAUCGAAACCAAAAUCAGAGAUGAAGCGGAGUUUGAUAGACUACGACGUAACCUAGGGUUCGCCCAUGCGGAGGGGGUAAUGAGUGUUGGACAAGCAAGGGGUUUGGGACUUUUUUGGAAUGAUGAUCUGCGUGUUUCAGUCCGACAACCAUCUACGGCCUGGUUUAUUGACGUGGUGGUGGACGAGGGUGUAGGGUUUGUCCGUUGGCGGUUCACGGGGUUUUACGGUAACCCUAAUGCGGCGGACCUCCAGGAAUCCUGGGAUCUCUUGAAGGCUUUGAGUGAUGAGGAUAGCCUACCAUGGGUUGUACUGGGUGACUUUAAUGAGAUCUUGCUGGCGUUGGAAAAGUUGGACGGUAGACCAAGGUCGGAGAAUCAAAUGAGAGGUUUCCGAGAUGCAUUGGGGUAUGCGGAACUGGCCGACCUUGGGUUUUAUGGGUGCCCAUAUACAUGGAGUGAUUCAGAGACGAAAGUUAGGCUGGAUAGGGUGGUGGCUACGAUAGCUUGGUCGGACGCUUUUGCUCAUUCUCGGGUACAACAUUUGCCUCCUAGCAAAUCAGAUCAUAUACCGAUUUUGCUAUCUAUCAGUUCAGUUCCUAUUCGUCGGAAGAAGCGCUAUCAUAGAUUCAAGUUUGAAUCAUUAUGGCUGCAUCAUGAGGGUUGUCAUGAGAUAGUUCAUCAACAAUGGGGCAGACCGAUCAGUGGGCAACCAAUGUUCCUGGUUUCGAAGAAGAUAGAGCGUACUAGUAUUGCGUUGGAUUUGUGGCAGCGUAGUGUCUUCAAGAACCGGCAUAAGGUAAUUAUGGACAUUAGGGUACGACUAGAAGCUAUAUUGCUUGUGUCGCUUACCCCGGCUUUGUUGAUAGAGAGGGGAGAAUUAAUGGAACAAUUGGAGAGACUGUUGUCGGAAGAGGAACUGUAUUGGAGUUAG